GCCGGAUAGGACACGCCGACACGAAGUAGGAAAGCUCAGAGGUACGGCAAAAGAUAUCAUCUUCUCCAGUUCAAUACAUUCUCUCUUUGUUAGAGCUAUAGCCGUUCCUCAGAAUUGAACACAAAGCACCCAGCAAACCCUAAACAGAUGAAACAGAGCAAUGGCCUCAAUCUCGCCAAAACCUUCAAACCUCCUCCCCUCUCUCGUCUCUGGCCAAGUACCUCCCCUCCCCUACCUUCUUCACCUCCUCUCUUCUCUCGUCUCCGACAGUAAGUUUGCCGAUGCCAAAUCCCUCCUCCUCAAUUUCAUCCCUUCCGAUCACCCCACCAACGAGCUCCACACCCACCUUCUCCACCCGGAUGGCGCGCUUCCGAAGCCCUCCAGGGCUCUGCUGGACACCGCAAUCGGUGCUUACUGCCAAUGCCGCCGCCCGCAUCUCGCGGUUCAGCUUUUCAAAAAAAUGAAGCGACACCGUUUGCGCCCGAAGCUGCUCACCCUCAACACUCUCCUCAAUUCCCUGGUGAAGUACCCUUCUGCCCACAAUAUGCGUAUGUGUAAAGAAUUGCUUAAUGAUGCACUUAAGCUAGGUUUAGCUCCAAAUACCAUGACUUUUAACAUUUUAAUCAACGGGCAUUGUGUAGAGAACAAGUGUAAUGAUGCAAUUAAAUUGUUAGAUAAGAUGGAUGAGUUCGGGUGCAGAGCAGAUAACGUGAGCUAUAAUACUGUUUUAGACGCACUGUGCAAGAAGGGUAGGCUAAGAGAGGUCCGUGAUUUGCUCUUGAAUAUGAAGAAUAAAGGGCUUCUUCCAAACAAGAACACUUACAACAUUUUGGUAAGCGGUUAUUGUAGAGCUGGUUGUAUUAAGGAAGCUGCUAAGGUUGUUGAACUGAUGACAAGGAGCAAUACACUGCCUGAUGUUUGGACCUAUAACAUGUUGAUUAAUGGUUUCUGUAGCUCAGGGAAGAUUUUGGAGGCGUUUCGACUUCGGGAGGAAAUGACUGGCUUGAAGUUGUUACCUGAUGUGGUAACUUAUAAUACACUAAUUAAUGGUUGUUUUGAAGCUGGGAUGAGUUCUGAAGCCUUUGAUUUACUGGAAGAAAUCAGGAAAAACGGGCUAAACCCUAACGGAGUUACCUAUAACAUAUUAAUCAAAUGGUAUUGCAAGGAAGGGAGAUUAAACGAUGCUACAGACACUGUUCAUAGAAUGGAGGAGAGUGGGUUUCACCCAGAUUGUGUUUCAUACAAUACUUUGAUAAGUGCAUUUUGUAAAAAAGGGGAUCUUGCCGAGGCUUUUAAAAUAAUAAACAAAAUCGGACAAAAGGGUUUGAAAAUGGAGACGGUGACUCUAAAUACGGUCUUGAACACACUAUGCCAGGAAGCGAAGCUUAACGAGGCUUAUGAGUUGCUUACUAGUGCCCGUAAAUGUGGUUAUAUCAUUGAUGAAGUAAGCUAUGGAAUUUUGAUUGUCGCCUACUUCAAGAACGCAAAUGUUGAAAAUGCUCUUAAGCUUUGGGAUGAGAUGAAAGAAAAAGAUAUAUUUCCAAGUUUAGUCACAUACAACUCUCUAAUCUCUGGCCUAUGCAAAUCAGGUAAAACUGAGGAAGCCAUUGCCAAAUUCAAUGAACUUUUGGAGCAGGGUUUAGUGCCUGAUGAGAUUACGUACAACACUAUCAUCCAUGGGUAUUGUUGGGAAGGAAAUGUUAGGAGAGCAUUUCAAUUUAGCAACAAAAUGGUUGAGGAUUCAUUCAAACCAGACAUGUAUACAUGCAACAUUCUUCUUUUGGGACUCUGUAAGGAAGGAAUGAUUGAGAAAGCCAUUAAUCUCUUCAACACAUGGAUCAAUAAAGGGAAAGAGCUUGAUUCUGUAACAUACAACACUCUUAUAAGGGCCUUAUGUAAGGAUGGAAGGCUUGAUUAUGCUCUCCACCUUGUUUCUCAAAUGGAAGUGAAGAAACUCGGGCCGGAUAGUUACACUUAUAGUGCCGUUGUUAGAGCACUUGGUGAUAGUGGAAGGGUAAGGGAAGCAGAAGACUUCAUGUCAAAAUAUAAUGAGACUAGAGUUUCAUUUAAAGAAUCUGUUGCGGUAAAAAGUGGGGAAGAAGACAUAAAGGGUGAAUGUUCAACGGAACAGGAAGCGAGCUGUAUUGCUGACUCAGAAGAGAUUAAUGAGCUUUGUGCUCAAGGGAGAUAUAAGGAUGCAAUGCAUAUCUUUGGACAACUUACCAAGAGAGGCUCUUUUGUACCAAAGUCAACAUAUAUUACAUUAAUGUAUGAACUUGUCAAGAGGAGAAAAGGUAUCUCCAGUGCCAGAUGAUUAUGAUAUACUUGCUCUUUGCUCCAAUUCCUUGAAGAGAUAUUUGUGUGUUUUGAAUUAUUUCAAAUUGAUACAGGUACAUCUGUUAUGUGCUCAGUAGAUGUACAAGUUAUACAUUUUUUAAAUCACUUGCCAAUUAAUACAUGUUGUUCAUGUUGACCUGUUUUAAAACAUUUUGAAGACUAUUUGCCCUUUUGUCUUUGUCUCGGACCCAGAUAUGUGCCCCUGAAAAAUAUCAUCCACCAAAUGUUGACGAGCGACAGCAAGAGCGACAUGGCAGAGCCGCUAGUGCGAUUGCUUAAAACAAUCGAGAUUGAGUGGAAAGCAUGCACUUUUCCUGAUAUCCGAACAAAAGAGUAGAUUUCCUGUCUAGGGUAGAAAAAGAUGAUAAUACACAUCACUGCACUCUUCCAAUUUACACUUGAGUUAAUCAGAUAAUGGAUAUUACUUUGGAUUUCAGUUUUAAUUAUACUCAUGGAUUAGGUUACUGUUUUCUGUGAAUUGUUUUAGUUUCUCGAUAAUUAUGAUAUGCUAAAUCUCCUGGAUUUGAGUUUGGAUAAAUAAGGUUAAUGAAUGUUCUUGGAUAUUGAAUUAGAUAUGGGAAAGUUCAUCAAUUCUUAAGACCAGUUGUCUGAGAUGAAAUUUAAGCAGUCUGCGAAAUUGAUCAAUUUACCUGUGAAUCUUCGAAAAAUUAAUUGUUUCUUAUCAAUGAGUGUGAAACUAAUUUAGCCCAGAUCUCAAGCACCCUAAACUAAGGCUAGAGAUAAGUCCUAACAGAACUAGAGUUAAUUUCUUGUAUAUGAGAAUUAAUUUUUUACUAUCUGUAGAUUAGUAAAAGUUUCUCAUAUUUGUGUAUAAUAAAAGUCACUCAAGACUCUUGACUCCAAAUAUGAACCCUGCCUUAUCAUUAAUUUAAUGUUACUAGUCACAUUAAAUAUAUCUAAUAGUGUGUAUUAUCAAAUUUUAGUGUAAACCAAUGUGUGUGAGCCAACUAACCAAUGUAUGCCCAGAGGCAAUACAAUUGUCUGUAUGAACUAUGGACAAUUUAUAACUUUAUACACCCUCCGUCCCUGAAAAUACUUCCAACUUUCCCUUUUGGUCCGUCCCAAAAAAGAACUUCACUUUCCCUUUUUGGCAAAGAAUUUGUGGUUCACAACAUUUCUCUCUCCUCUGCACAACUCUCCACCACACAAUUCUCACUUUCUUAAUCCGCGUGCCACUUUAUUUUGGAAAUAAAUUCAGGGACGGAGGUAGUAAGUUUUUUCAGAUAAUUUCUUCACACAGACACAAUGGUCAAAGUGGCUCUAUCCUCUAAAAUUAGAAGUUGAUUACAUGGUUGAAUGUUUCAAAUAUGAAAAAAAGUACAUAAAAUAUAUUUUAUUGCCAAAUUGAAUAUGGUCAAAGUGAUGAUGCGUGCAAGUUUCCCAAUUCUUGAGUUUGGUCAUAUAUGUUAAACGUUAUUCAUCUUAUGUCACUCUGUUUCGUAAAACGUUUUAUACCUAUCUUGUGUGAUGCUUCUUUGCAAGUAUUAGUGUGGGGAGAUCCAUUCUUGGACUCUUUUUUACCUAAGAAAAUAAGAGUCAUCACUCUGUUGCAUGAAAAAGUUCUCAUAUAUGUAUCUUGUUUGAUGUUUCUUUACAAGUCUAUUGUGUGGAGAUCCUUUCUUGGACUUGUUAAACUAAGAAAAUAAGAACUUUUACUUGUUUGAAAAUGCUGCUGUGGAGAACCCAAAGUGCUUGGUUCAUCUUUCCAUCAUGUGAUGAUACACUCUACAUGUGGUUCUUUAACUCAAUACUAGUGUUUGGGUAGGAAAUAAUAUAAUAUGGUCACAUGCUUAUUCUAUACUCUGCAGCUACUGCUGGUACAAACAAGGCUGCAUCCAGUUCUACAUCUCUGAUCUCUGAACACAAGGAAGCUUGAUGAAGACACAAAGAAUCUGUCUCUUCCUACGGUGCCUACUGAGAUGAAGAAAGCUAUUUCUAAAGCUCGGAUGGACGAGAAAAUGACCCAAUCUCAGCUUGCUCAGGCGAUAAAUGAGAAACCACAAGCCAUUCAGGAUUACGAAUCUGGAAAAGCAAUUCCGAAUCAGAUGAUAAUUGGUAAACUGGAGAGAGCUCUUGGUGCAAAGCUUAGAGCAAAUAAAUAAAUGUUUAGGCUUGGUAAACAUGUAAGCCUUUUUCAAUUGCACUGCUGAGUGUUUUGCAUCCUCAAACGCGUUGUACAUGAAAGUCGGCAUCCUUUGGUGUAUUGAUCAAUCUUAAUUGUCUUCUUACUACUAUGGAGUUUAGACUUUAAGGAUAACGAGAUAUGCCGUGUAAUGCUUCAUCAGUUAGUUUACCAUAAAUCUUAGGAACUGCAAUGACAAUGCUUGUACAUGCUGAGAAAUAUGUUUGCAUUUGUUCCCAUGCAUUUCUUUAACCUCUUAACUUUGGGGGCUUCAGGUAUUUGCAAAUUCAA